GGAAAUUCUCAGCCACCACCUGAUUAUUUUUGGUUGCACAAUAGUUGGUUCUUAACGCUUUCCACAACAGUCAGAAAAGGCAAUAUUUCCCGCACAGCGGAAUCCCAUGAAGAGGGAAAUGGAGGCAAGUCGAGAUGCUGUGGCGGGCGGCCAUCCUUUGCCUACAGAGCCAUGAAGCAAUAUAUCAGAGACCUAGAUUUAAAUACUGGAAUGUUUAUGUAUCUUGCAGGUUUAUAAAGGGUCAAGGUUUCGACAGCAAACAUUGUCCCACAGAAUCUUAAUAUCAUACCAUAGCAUUUAUCCAUUCCUGCUUCACUUCCUCAACCAAACUCGCAGCCAAAAUGGCAGCCAUAAUGCGUGCACCAGAUUCUACCUCUUCAGAGUCAUGGAAUAGCAAAUUCCAAGCACUCGAGGACACCUCUGACAACAUUGACGCCGUCAACGCCAUGAAAGCUGCAUCGAAAUUCGAUGCCGAGAAAGACAAGACGCAGUUCAGAAAAUUUGAAGACGCCUGCGACCGUGUGAAGAACUUCUACCGCGAGCAACACCUUAAGCAGACCGUUGAAUAUAACCGGCGCGCACGCGAAGAAAUGAAGUCCAAGACCCGCGCAAAGAUGACCAUCUGGGAAGCGAUGGAGACGUUGAACACACUCAUCGAUAACUCAGACCCGGAUACAUCCCUCUCGCAGAUUGAACAUCUUAUGCAGACGGCCGAGGCGAUGAGAAAGGAUGGAAAGCCUCGCUGGAUGCAGCUUACGGGCUUGGUUCAUGACCUGGGUAAACUCCUGUUUUUCUUCGGAGCUCAGGGCCAAUGGGAUGUGGUUGGAGAUACCUUCCCCGUGGGAUGUGCAUACUCGGAGAAGAUCAUUUAUCCAGAUACCUUUGUCGACAAUCCCGACUACGGCCAUGAGGUGUACAGCACGAAGUAUGGAAUCUACGAGCCAAGAUGCGGACUUGACAACGUCAUGCUAUCGUGGGGCCAUGAUGAGUAUUUUUACCUAAUCGCCAAAGAUCAGUCGACGCUACCAGAUGAAGCAUUAGCGAUGAUUCGAUAUCACAGUUUCUACCCGUGGCAUUCAGGAGGUGCAUACAUGGAGCUCAUGAACGAGAAGGAUGAGAAGAUGCUAGAGGCUGUGAGGGCUUUUAAUCCGUACGAUCUAUACAGCAAGAGUGAUGAUGUUCCAAGCAUAGAGGAGUUGAAGCCAUACUAUAUGGAGCUCAUCGACGAGUUCUUCCCGGCGAGGAUAAUUAAUUGGUGAAGUCUAGAGUUUUUAGUAGCUGGGCUUAAUCGGCCGGCACAGCGUACAGCGAUUUGAACUUAUGUAGAUUUUAUCACGUUGAAAGGCAACCUGACUUAUGGGA